AUGUCCAAGAAAACAAUAUUCAUCACCGGCUGCUCAGCCGACUCUCUCGGUGCAUCUAUCGCAAUAGAGCUCGCCAAACAACAGCAUUUCGUCUACGUCACAGCCCGCAAUCUCUCAAAGAUACCGACCUCGCUUGCAAGCCUCGCCAACGUCGCAGUCCUCAAACUAGAUAUAUCAUCACCCGACUCAAUAGCCGAAGCAGUCAAGACUGUAAAAGAAGUAAAUGAGCGUAAUGGCCUCACAGGCAUAGAUGUCCUCAUCAACAGCGCCGCAAGGGCGUACACAAUGCCCAUCCAGGACAUGGACAUCGACGAGGCACGGAGGCUAUUCGACACAAAUGUCUGGGGCACUCUGCGCUUAAUACAACAUCUCUCACCUAUGAUUAUUCCUAAAAAGGGCAGAAUCGUCAACAUUAGUAGCGUCGGGGCUGUGGUUAAUACCCCCUGGCAGAGCACGUACUCUGCUUCAAAGGCAGCCUUGACGCGAUACUCGGAAAUUCUGCGCCAUGAACUUGCGCCGUUUGGUGUGUCUGUGGUGACGGUCAUGCUUGGCACGGUGGCCACUCAGUUUAAAACGAACGAGCCGAUCCCAGAUAUACAACCUACGUCGCGCUAUUUUCCGAUCUUAGAUACGAUUACCAAUUGGGCAAACGGGAGUGCUGGGCCGCAAGGAGGGCCGGUUCAUGAUGUGGUUGAGAGUUUGUUGCCGUAUAUUAUUGAGGAUGGACGAGGAGGCUUGGCGUGGAUUGGGCAUUACAGCACGAUUAUCCGUGUGUUAUCGCAUUGGGGACCUGCGUGGAUUUUGGAUAAAAUGGUUACUCAGGACCAAGGGCUGGUGGAGUUGAAGGCAGUUGAGAGCGCCAAGGACAAAUAG